UUCUAUACAAAUAUAAUGUACAGGUAAAGCAGAUUAAUAUUUUAACACCAAAAAGUAUGUGAAGGUGUCAAGUAUGAUGAAUAAUAAUUAAACCAAAUUUAACAAAAUUGAGUCAUGGGGCUGGCAGGCACCACAACUGGUUUUGGGGGUGGUGUUUGGAGAUAAACUUUGCUCUACUGCUCACCACGGUCUGUCAAAAUCAAUAGCAGUUUGUUCUGAACCUCACCGUGACUGAAUCGAACAAAUUGGUACCGUAAACACAUAAUGGCUGUUGCCGUGGUCUACGUAUUCACGAUUUUACUGUCGAUUAUACUAACAUGGUUCACGCUUUGUGUCAGAAAAAGGCAAGUAGGUGAGCCCCCUCUAGAAAAUGGUUGGAUCCCAUUUCUUGGAGUUGCCCUGGAAUUUCGACAAAAUCCCCUGGAAUUCCUCCGAUCGAAGCAAAGGAAAUAUGGAGACAGUUUCACUUGUAAAAUAGCUGGGAAUUUCUUCACCUUCAUAAUGGAUCCAUUCUCAUACAGUGCUGUGUUUCGGCAAGGGAAAAACCUUGAUUUCCAGACGUUUGCCAUUGAAACAUCAAGAAAGGUGUUUGGUCAUGCAGAUUUCAAUGAUCCCAUCUAUAACAGAAAUUACAAAGAAAUACAUGCCUUGUUUCGUCAGACACUUCAAGGCCCAGCCUUGCAUAACCUGACUUCUAGCAUGAUGGAAAACUUGCAAACCGUGAUGUUGAGAAAUAAGACCUCAGAAUGGACAACGGAAGGGCUUCAGAGUUUUUCUUUCCGGAUUAUGUUUGAAGCUGGCUUUCGGACAUUGUUUGGAAGAGAGGAAAAGCCCUCAGAAAUGGAAAAUAUUGAGCCAAAAAAGUUCCAGAUGACUACAGCCAUGGAUAAUUUCAAUGUGUUUGACAGAGCAUUUCCUGAAAUAGCAGCAGGAUUCCCAAUCUACCUGCUCAAAAAAGCCUACACAGCAAGAGAGGCAUUAACUGAAAGGCUUCAACACAAAUACUUGAAAAAGAACCAUGGUCUGUCAGCACUGAUCGAGCGAAGGAUGAAUCUUUUUGAUCAGAUGCCUUACCUUGAUGAGCUGGGAAAAGCAAGAACACACACAGCCAUGUUAUGGGCAUCGCAGGCUAAUACCUUGCCUGCAACAUUCUGGAGCCUGUAUUACAUGCUAAGGUCACCAGAAGCCUUGAAAGUGGCUCAAACUGAAGUAGAGCGUGUGAUUCAGGAAUCGAAUCAAAAGCUGGAUAAGAUGAAAAAAACAGUGGUCCUUUCUAAAGAACAGCUAGACAGCAUGUCAGCCUUAGGUAGCAUUAUAGAUGAAGCAUUGCGACUUUCCAGUGCAUCAAUAAUGAUCCGUGUGGCGACUGAAAAUUUUGUUUUGAACAUGGAUUCUGGUAAAAAUGUAUCUAUCCGUAAAGGAGAUCGUAUUGCAAUGUUUCCUCAGAUGAUACAUAUGGAUCCAGAGAUCUAUGAAAAUCCCACGGAAUUCAAAUUCAAUAGGUUCCUGGAUGAAAAUGGACAAAAGAAGACAUUUUUCUACAAAAAUCAGAGAAAACUUAAAAAUUUUCUCUUGCCAUUUGGAUCUGGUGUCAGUGAGUGCCCUGGACGCUUUUUUGCUGUUAACGAAAUUAAACAGUUUUUGGCUCUAGUCGUUUUCUAUUAUGAUAUGGAGUUAAAAGACCCUGCUACUCCUGUUGAUAUAGACUGUUCCCGGGCUGGUCUAGGUAUACUUCCUCCAAAGCAUGAUGUGUUGUUCAGAUACAAGCUAAAAGACUGUAUAAGUGAGUGAAAGUGCCACAUGUGUUCAUAUUACUGUAUUAUGAAAAGAGAUAAUACAAAAAUGAAAAAAAUGAAAAUGAGAUUGUGCUAUUCAGACCCGUUUUCAGAAUAAUGUUGCAUCAUUUGCAUAUAAUAGUAUUUAAUGCAUGAGAAAGGUUUGUAGGAAUGUUAAAUUGGUACUACUUUGAAAUGUGUUACAUUAAGUAUGACAGAAAUAAUCUGUUGUUGGUUAAAAAAAUUGACUAAACACUAAAAUGAUGUAAAGAUAUUAUAUACACCAUAGAUAUUUAUUUUUGUUUGCAAAAAUGGAUACUGGCUCAGUAAAAGCUAUUUUGUUCAUUAAUUUUAUUUGUUGAAAAUGUUCCUGCUUUAAAAAUUCUAAUCUAUAGUUAUUUAUGCAACAUACUGUACAGUUCUAUUACUGUCUUUCUGUUCUUAUUCUAACCUAUUAUAUGUUUCAAUUUCUGUUCUAAACCUGCAAAAGUUACUGUAUGUUCAUAGCAAAUAUUAGAUAUGGGUGAGGAGGUAAGAAAAGAAAUGUUGAAGAUGGAAAGAAAAUAAAAAUUGACCUCUUAAUGCA